AGUGCCACUUUGUAUGAAACAAAUAUGUCUGCAAAUGACUAGUACAAAACAAUAAAAAUAGCAAGUUGUUAAACAAUCGUGCAUUGUUAAUCAAUCGUUGUGGUUGUCAAAGUAUUGCAAGUGUGUGAUAAUUUGGGUUUUUACGGCAAAGUCACGCUCAUGGAUGAAAAUGUUAACAAAAGACGUUACGAAAAACUGGGUUUUAAACCUCAAAAGGAGAAUGUCUACAACAAAUUACUGCCCUAUGCCGAAAAACUCGACGAGGAAUCGACGCAAUUAUAUGCCGAUAUUAAAACUAACCUUGUCAAAUCGGUUUUAGCACGUGAAAUGAGACCAGGAUGCGCCUUAUGGACCUCACGUUUAAACAAAUACAUUAAAAUUUAUGGAAUGAAAUUUUCAAAGGAAGACCAUAUUUGUUUCAUUAAACUGUUUUACGAUCUGCUAACCAUUCCUGAUUUAGAACCAACCAGAAUUAAUAAAUGCGCUUCUACGUUAACCCAAUUGCUCAAGAAGAAGUAUUUGAUAUCUAGAGAUGAAUUGCAGUUAGAAUGGCGACCUUUGUAUGACUUGUGUAUUAGAGUAAUGGAAAAGAGCAAAACCGAUAUAGGAAUGUAUCGUUGCUUUUCAACUUUAGAGGGGACACUAAUGAAUGUUAUUAGACUAGCCAGAAUCUAUUUCCCUGCAUCAGCCACUCAGGAAAUAUUAGACGAAUUCAGACCUCAGUUAUGUCCCAUGAGCAGUCCCACAAUCCUCUCAGCCAUCCAAUACCUUGAAAUUUUUUUGCCUAUAUGCGUCAAGCCUGAGGAAGCUGCCAUUAGUUACGACUUAUGGUUUGAAGAGCUCAUGUCUCUAUGGAACGCUUGCCAUAACGCAAGUGCGUGGGAAGAUCAUAUGAUGUGGAUGAUUGCUCGACUAUCCAGCUACACCAUGUGUUACAUCAAUUGGGAACCCUACAUCCCUAUGAUGUUCGUGCGAUUUUCGCGCAGUUUUCAAUUACCUGUAGCCUAUAGACAGAAACAAACCGGCAAACAAUACAAAAUCGAAAUUUCUGCAAUGUCAAUUUGGAUAACAUGCGCCUUAAGUGGUGAUAAAAAUUCGACUUUCUUCCAUUUGGAAAAGUUCAUGCAAGCCCUGGAAUCGUAUUACUAUCCAGCUAAUAUGGGCCGAUGGUCGAUGAAAUUGAGGGAGUUACUGCGAAAGCUGUCUUAUUAUUUUGUACAGAGGGUACAUUGUGAACGAUACAAGAAAAAAACUUGGGAUACGAACAUUCCAGAUCAUUAUAAAUUGACAGACGAGGAUAUUGAUAGAUUUGUCAAUAUUAUGAAACCGUGUCUUGAGCAAGCAAUGUUUUCGAGACAAGGGGGACAAGAUAUUACUCUCGCGUUGCAAUAUCUAGGGUCGCUAAGACCAAAUCUUGUCAUUCCCAUGACUUUGGAUAAAUUAUAUUCUUCUAUGGACAGCCUCACUGAGCCCCACAAACUGACAUCGUCUAUGAUGGGCGUAACGGCAGUGGCAAGAUAUAUGGUGCAAGGUGCACAAAGUAAUUACCCAGAAGGAUUCACACACGUGCUUCCACUCCUAAUGGCCUUACUACCAGGGAUUGAUCCAAACGAUAUCCGCAAAUGUUUAGUAACUUUCAAUUUCAUGGUACACUUUAUUAAUAUGAUUCCAUUGAUCAAUUGUUCUGAAGCGAGUAAAUAUCACGAAAAUUUAACAGAAGAAGAGCAUAUAGUUUGCGAAGCCAGUGAUGGAUUUGAAGAUUUCGUUUUGCAAUUUUUUGAUAGAUUGUGUCUUUGGGUCGAGUCAAAUUCCCUAGAUUUUGUUAGAUUAGAACAGGUUGCUAGCAGUAACAAUAAUAAGAAUCGUGCUGAAGUGAUCGCUGAAACCGCCCUCUUCUCAAUCAUUUCAACAGUUUUACACCAAUGUUCACCAGAAAUUUUCACAGCUGCUCUCAAAAAAGUGUUCAAUUUCGUAAGUGACAAAGUAAUGGAGAUACAAAUCUCCGGCAAAAUGACGGCUAUUAUAUGUCAAGGCUUUGCCAAGGUUAAUCCUAAUGAAACCUUGAAACUUUUCAUUCCACACUUGUGUGAUAUCAUCGAAAAUUUAAUGAACGAAAAUCCAAACAUAGAAAAAGAGGAACAUCUCGAUGCAGAAUUACUUUACAAUUUGCAAAUUCUAUCAGAAGUGGUGGAUGCCAGGACCGAACUAGUUACAUAUUCCGAUAGAUUAAUGAAAAUCCUUGAUAGGACUUUACACAUGAGUUCGUUGAGUGGUAGUCAAAUGGCAGCACGCAUGCUCGAAGUUAUGAUGACGUCACUGACUUAUAUACUGCCAACGGAGUAUCGAAGUUGUUCUACACCCUAUGAUACACAUGUCAAGGAUUUUCUCUCGAUAAGAGAGUGGGGUAAAGCUCAAAAUAUAAAAGAUCUGAAAAUUUCGUGGUACGUCCCUGGAGAUAAGGAAAUCGCCUUAGUUCAAACGCUCAUUAAUAAGUAUUUAGUACCUGAAAUUGAAAAACUCAACAAAUACGCUUCUGGAGAGUUUGUUCUGACACGAGAAGAACUGCGAAGAUCACUUAAGAUUGUCAUUUCGAUUCUGUCCUCACAUCCAGUGUUACCAAUUUGGGACGAGCCUGCAAUACAACUAGUCGAUUCGGUUUUAGACCCGUGGGCUUUUAAUUUAAUCGUAAGCGAUUCUCAUGCUGUAAAUAUGCCUAAUGGCUCAAACAUCCGAAAGGUGAUAGCAGAUCUGAUGCACAAAGUCCAGAAAAAAAUCCUAGAAAUAGACGAAGGUGACACUAAAAGCAUUCACAAUAUUGUUCAUAUCUACAAUAUACUUCUUUUCAACAAGUCACGUGUUCAUGAUUUCGAAUACCAAUGGAAAAAUUUUCACUUGGUAAAGAAAUUACUAGAAGACCGUUUACACCAAAACAAAUUGCACUUACGACAUAUCCUUAUCAACAGAGUGAUGUUGCAACAAGAAUUUAGAAUAGAAAGUCGUAGCUGUUCAUUUACGGAAACUCACAGACAAAUUCUUUUGGACUUAUUUGAACUAAGUGUGUCGAGAUAUAGCGAGGUGAGAAUUUCAGCUCAGUCGAAACUAUUUUCUGUAGUGUCUUAUUUCCCAUACUCUUACACUGUUCUCACUUCGCGUAUAUUUGAAAUCUUGAAACUAAACUCAGAAGAACAUCAUGAGAAAUUCAAAGGUUGCUUAUACAUUCUGAUCAGUCCAAAAAAUACACCGAUUGUGGCACGCCACGACUGGAAUUUUAUUCGCCAAUUAUGGCCACUUAUCAUCAAGUCGAUGCCAUCAGAGAAACCUUCAAUUGUUAAUUUGAUAAAUGCGGUAGUGGACGCUGUUAACCGAUUUUUCCCGACAAUUGCGAUUAAUUUGGUCUUUCCGCAAAGAUGUAUAGAUGAUGCCACUGUGCUGAGUCAAAAUGUACCAAAGUGUGACUUGAGUAACUUUCAAAAAUAUAUGGACGAAGGCGAGCAAAAUUUACAAAUCAAAUGCCGUAAUCGCGCACUUGCGUACAACGAGACAGUUGACGGUCUCUUGGAUGCUUGUAUUAAUGGAAAUUUGCACUGGAGAUAUCAUUCGAUGGCUGUAACGUUCCUAAAGGUCUUAGUACACUACGAUGUUAAAUAUAACGUGAGAAUAGUGAAAUAUUUUCUACAAGCGUUAAUAAAUGAAUCUAUAACCAUAAGGAAAACGGCAUUACGAGUCACGUUGUUUAUUUUAAUACAGAAUAAACCCCAAUUUAAGAAAAUUGAAAUUGAUCCUUAUAGUUUAUCCAACUGUAAAAGAAAUAACCACAAAUUGAAGCCGGGAAUUAGAGAAGAUAAUAAAUGGUUGCUUUACGACAGCAAAACAGUUCCCAAAGAUACAGAAGCUUGGGAGAAACCUAGGUUUUUGCAUAAUCACAGUAUGGGGUUUUACGCUUGGCCAACCAAAGUCGAAAUAUACGCACCUCCAAGUGAACAACCUAACAUAGAUAAAAGGUUCUUAAAACUGAGCGAAGAGGAAAAGGAGAUUUAUAACUUUUUCACCAGUACGGAAAAUUUAGAACAAUUUAUUAAAUAUUUUUCGAUGGAAGAGAAGAAAGGGAAGGACCAGUUUAAUGCUUACAAGUUCCUACUUUUCAAAAAUUUAUUCAAGCUUUUCGAAGACAAGCUCCUUGACCCCAUCAUUCCCCACAUACAGAAACUUGUCGCCGAUAAAAACGAAUCAUCUCAACGUUGCGCCGCCGAGAUAAUCAGCGGUUUAAUCCGCGGGUCGAAACACUGGAGCUUUGAUAAAACCACCAAACUUUGGUCUGUUCUAAUCCCCAUCCUCGAAACGGCCAUUGUAAACAUGUGUAGCGAGACCAUGACUGAUUGGGGCCUCAGCAUGGCGAUGGCUUUAGACUCCAGAGACCCCAACCGCUACCACUGGAUCUUAGAAUAUCUUGUCAAUGAUCCACUUUCCGACCAAACGUCGUUUGUGGCCUGUGGUCGUCUCCACAUGCUCCACGCGGCCAUGAAUCAACAAACUUGGAGAAAUAAUGAAUUGUCAGUUCGUUUGUUCAACUAUUUCAAACAGCACUUGUCGCACCCUUUCCAAAAUAUUAGAGACAAGAUUAGUAGUUGUUUGACGAUGAUUUUUUCUAAAGAUAUGAUUUUUCCUGAUGAUGUAAACGAUACGAAUUCAGCAGGUAUUAAGGCAUUUUUCAACGAGAUAAUGCCCACACUUGACAAUCUCUACAGUUAUACUUUGAGCAAAAUUGAAAGUAAGGAUAAUCUACUGGAUAACUCCGAAGUAUCAAAAGAUAUGCAAGGAUUGUCGCUUGAAAACGACGAAGUUCGCGAAAAUGCUAUGAGAUUGUUCAAAUUAGUUUCAAAAUAUGUGACAUCGAGUGUGGUGAGAAUGAACUACUCUACGCUGCCUGAAUAUUUCGAAAUUUUGCCACUUUCAUGUGUCCUUCAAAGUAACGACACUGAUGACGAAAUCGCUCCAAUUUGCUCCAGUUUACUCGCUGUCUUGGCUUACACCAUCACUAUAGCCAAAUACAUGCCUUCGGCCCUCGAAGCAAUAAGGAAAGUAACCACUUGUCCGUUCUGGUCGGCACGUGCGGUUAUAACCGAAUUCAUGUCCGGUUUUGUAUUCCAUAAUAUGCCCACGAUUAUUUCGAAAAAGGAAUGGGUACUAGAUAUCCAACAAAUGGUGCUAGAACUACUCGAAGAUGUUCAACCCGAAGUUAGAGUUAGUGCUAGUCAAGUUUUAAGCGGUCUUUUGCACUGCCAAUUUAUUCCAAACCCUCAAGAAUUAUUAGCGCAAUUUAAACAGAAGGCGAAAACUAAAUUAAAGAAGAAAAAUUUGAACAACUCCAACAGUUUAAAUCUUAGUACUUUACGGUUUAGACAUGCUGGAGUUUUGGGCUUGUGUGCUUUUAUCAGUAGCCAUCCAUAUGACGUACCUGACUUUUUACCAGACAUUUUCGGACAAUUGGGACCCCAUUUGAAUGACCCUCAACCCAUUCCAGCAACAAUUCGCAAAACUUUGGGAGAUUUUAAGAGAACACAUCACGAAAAUUGGGAAAUUCACAAACUCAAUUUUACUGAGGAAGAACUGUUAGUUUUAAGUGAUCUCACAGUGCCUCCCAGUUAUUACGCCUAGGCAAUAAUUUUCCGAUUCCAGUCAAUUUACAAAAUUUUAAUUUUUUUACUAUUAGGUGAAGGAAGGUUUAAGGUAGCAAAAAUUUACUCCAGUCAAACGUUUAUAAGAUGACUUUUUAUUUUUAACCUUGUUGUUUAUAUUUUUUUGUGGUUUGAUAAAAAAUAUAUUAAGUAAAAUGUUUAUACAUGACUCAAUUCAUCUAAUAAAGAAAGACAUUUGUCUUUUAAUAUUUUAA